AUGCUCCGGCGGCGGCAGCGGCUGCAGGCCGUAGCGGUGCGCAGCUGGGCCCCGCCCCCUGCGAUAAAACGUCUCGUCACUUCCGGCUUCCUUUUCCCUGCUGGCUGCCGGGCGCGUGAGGGAUUUGCUUGUGUGCCGAACUCCUCAGAACCAUGGCAUCCCUUUCCCUUGCACCUGUUAACAUCUUCAAGGCUGGAGCUGAUGAAGAGAGAGCGGAGACAGCUCGUCUGUCAUCAUUUAUUGGUGCCAUCGCCAUUGGAGACUUGGUGAAGAGCACGUUGGGACCCAAGGGCAUGGACAAAAUUCUUUUAAGUAGUGGACGAGAUGCCUCUCUCAUGGUAACCAAUGAUGGUGCCACUAUUCUAAAAAAUAUUGGUGUUGACAACCCAGCAGCUAAAGUUUUAGUUGAUAUGUCAAGGGUUCAAGAUGAUGAAGUUGGUGAUGGCACUACCUCUGUUACUGUUUUAGCAGCAGAAUUACUAAGGGAAGCAGAAUCUUUAAUUGCAAAAAAGAUUCAUCCACAGACCAUUAUUGCGGGUUGGAGAGAAGCCACAAAGGCUGCAAGAGAAGCUCUGUUGAGUUCUGCUGUUGAUCACGGUUCUGAUGAAGUUAAGUUCCGUCAAGAUUUAAUGAAUAUUGCAGGAACAACAUUAUCCUCAAAACUUCUUACUCAUCACAAAGAUCACUUUACCAAAUUAGCUGUAGAAGCUGUUCUCAGACUGAAAGGUUCUGGUAAUCUGGAGGCGAUUCAUGUCAUCAAGAAGCUAGGAGGGAGUCUGGCAGAUUCUUAUUUAGAUGAAGGAUUCCUAUUGGAUAAAAAAAUUGGAGUAAAUCAACCAAAGCGAAUUGAAAAUGCAAAAAUUCUUAUUGCAAACACUGGAAUGGAUACAGACAAAAUAAAGAUAUUUGGUUCCCGGGUAAGAGUUGAUUCUACAGCAAAGGUUGCAGAAAUUGAACAUGCGGAAAAGGAAAAAAUGAAGGAGAAAGUUGAACGUAUUCUUAAGCAUGGAAUAAACUGCUUUAUUAACAGGCAAUUAAUUUAUAAUUAUCCUGAACAGCUUUUUGGUGCUGCUGGUGUCAUGGCUAUUGAGCAUGCAGAUUUUGCAGGUGUAGAGCGCCUGGCCCUUGUUACAGGUGGAGAAAUUGCUUCUACCUUUGAUCACCCAGAACUGGUGAAGCUUGGAAGUUGCAAACUUAUUGAGGAAGUCAUGAUUGGAGAAGAUAAACUCAUUCACUUUUCUGGGGUUGCCCUUGGUGAGGCUUGUACCAUUGUUUUGCGUGGUGCCACUCAACAAAUUUUAGAUGAAGCAGAAAGAUCUUUGCAUGAUGCUCUUUGUGUUCUUGCCCAAACUGUGAAGGAUUCUAGAACAGUAUAUGGAGGAGGCUGUUCUGAGAUGCUGAUGGCGCAUGCUGUGACACAGCUUGCCAGUAGAACACCAGGCAAAGAAGCUGUUGCAAUGGAGUCUUAUGCUAAAGCCCUGAGAAUGUUACCAACCAUCAUAGCUGACAAUGCAGGCUAUGACAGCGCAGAUUUGGUGGCACAGCUCCGAGCUGCUCACAGUGAAGGCAAUAUAACUGCUGGACUGGAUAUGAAAGAAGGUACCAUAGGAGAUAUGGCAAUAUUGGGCAUCACAGAAAGUUUCCAAGUGAAGCGGCAAGUUCUUUUGAGUGCAGCUGAAGCAGCAGAGGUGAUUCUACGUGUGGACAACAUCAUCAAAGCAGCACCAAGGAAACGUGUCCCUGAUCAUCAUCCCUGUUAAGCAUUCCCAAAUGCUGUUGAUCUCUGGACCAGUUCAUAACAAAGUUCUAUUCGAAAGAUUUCAACCUUUAGAAGAAACCUGUGGAAUCGAUGGCUGGCUGUGCCCAUUAUAUCCUUAAGUUUGGACAUUAGCUGACCUUCUGUUUUAACGUGGGUCUAAUUUAUUUGCUGUUUCAUUUCCAUACAAUUCAGUUGAUUUAAAAGUUCAUUUCUCAUAGCGUGCAUUAAAAUUUUGAACAAUUACUUA